AUGGCUAAAGAGACGCCUUGGAAGAGGAUCCCGAUAAGAGGAAUACCAACAAAUACUGCGCCUUCCAUGGGACGCAUGGUCAUUAUACAAACAAGUACUACGUGCUUGGAAAAAACACCUCGAGGAGUUGGUAAGAAAGGGCCAUUCCACGAAGUUCGUGGCAAAGAAGGCUAUCUAGCGAAUCGCGAAUCACAAUGCAGCCAAGGAAUCUCCUCAGAAGGUCAUAAGGAUUAA